AUGCUCCGCCUCCCCCCACGCCUGGCCCCUCUCCACAAAAGAAUGUCCUCCACCCUCCCCUCCCUCAAGAACGAACUCGCCUCCUCCAAAUCCCCCUAUCUCCUCCAGCACGCCCAAAAUCCCGUGCACUGGCAAGAAUUCACACCCCAAACCAUCUCCCUCGCUCGUCAGCUAAACAAGCCCAUAUUUCUCUCUUCCGGCUAUUCAGCGUGUCAUUGGUGUCAUGUACUGGCGCACGAGAGUUUUGAGGAUGAGGAGACGGCGGGGAUGAUGAAUGAGUGGUUUGUGAAUGUGAAGGUGGAUAGGGAGGAGAGGCCGGAUGUGGAUAGGGUUUAUAUGGGGUAUUUGCAGGCUGUGAAUGGGGGUGGGGGGUGGCCCAUGUCCAUCUUUAUGACACCGAAUUUGGAACCUUUCUUUGCUGGCACAUACUUUCCGCGUACGCGCUUUCAAGCGCUUCUCAAGCGGAUCAACGAGCUCUGGGAAGAAGACCAAGAAAAGUGCGAACAGAUGGGCAAAGGCGUCAUCCAUGCCCUCAAGGACAUGAGUAACGCUCCGAGGACGAGCGCAUCCCUAACAGAGCUCCUAUCAACAUCCCCAGCCUCCAAACUCUUCUCCUCCCUCGCAACACAACACGACCCGCGCUACGGCGGCUUCACCCCCUCCGGCCCACGCUCCCGCGGUCCCAAAUUCCCAUCCAUCUCCAACACCCUCGAGCCCCUACUACGUAUCGCCACCAUCCCCCACUCUUCCCAUUCCGAGGGCGGGACGGAUAAAGAGAUAAUCGAGGAGGCGAGGGAGAUGGGGAUGGGGAUGUUGAGAGGGAUGUGGAAGGGUGGGAUCAGGGAUUGGGUGGGUGGGGGGAUGGCGAGGUAUAGUGUUGAUGAGAAGUGGAUGGUGCCGCAUUUCGAAAAGAUGUUAUACGACCAAGCCCAAUUAAUCUCCGCCUCCCUCGACUUUUCCCUCCUCUUCCCUCCUUCCCACCCCGACCGCAAAAUAUGCCAAGACCUCGCUGCCGAUACACUCAAAUACACCCUCCGCGACCUCCAAAGCCCCGAAGGCGGGUUUUGGAGUGCGGAAGAUGCUGAUAGUGCUGCCGGGCCGGGUGCGAAGAAGACGGAGGGGGCGUUUUAUAUUUGGGAUAAAAAGGAGAUUGAUGAGGUCCUGGGCCCUGAUGGGGCAGCUGUGUUUGAAUCCUUCUUCGGCCUGCAAGACGAGGGGAAUGUGGAUUUGGUGCAUGACUCCCAUGGCGAGAUGCGCGGCAAGAACAUCCUCCACCAACACAAAACAUUCGAACAAGUCGGCCUAGAACAAGGCCACUCCCCACAAAAAGUCCAGCAAAUCAUUUUGGAGGGGUGUGAAAAGCUCAAAGUCGUGCGCGACAAACGCGAAAGGCCGGGGUUGGACGAUAAGAUCUUGACAGCGUGGAACGGUCUCAUGUUAACUGCCUUGAGCAAAGCAUCCACCCUCCUCCUUCCCUCAUACGCCAUCCAGCCCCAAUGCCUCCCCACCGCCAUCCGCCUCGCCUCCUUCCUCAAAUCCACCCUCCUCAACCCCACCUCCCAUGAACUGUAUAGGUCUUACCGCCAAGGUCCAGGGCCUUCAGGGCAGACGGACGAUUAUGCUUUCUUGGUCCAAGGUUUGCUCGAGUUGUAUCAAGCUACGGGGGAUGAGGCGCAUUUGUUGUGGGCGGAGGAACUUGAGAAGAAGCAGGAGGAGUUGUUCUGGGAUAAAGAGGGAGGAGGGUGGUUUGUGAGUAAGGAAGACGAACAUGUGCUUGUCCGUAUGAAGGAUGCCCAAGACGGCGCCGAGCCCUCAGCAGCAUCCACCUCAACCCAAAACCUCUCCCGCCUCUCCCUCCUCCUCUCCUCCAACUACGCCCACUACGAAUCCCUCGCCGAAUCCACCUUCCUAUCCAUGGCGCCGCUUAUCGCCCAAGCCCCCCGAGCAGUAGGCUACGCCGUUGCCGGCCUCGUGGAUCUGGAGAAGGGAUGGCGGGAAGUGUUGAUAGUGGGGAAGAAGGAUGAUGCCAAGGUGCAGGGGUUUUUGAGGGAGGCGAGGAGGGAGUAUAGGAGUAAUCAGGUUAUCAUCCACCUCGAUCCUGAUCACUUACCGAGGAGGAUGGGGAAUGAUGUGGUGGAGGCGCUGGUGAAGGGGAUAGAUGAGGGGAAAGAGGAGGGGGCGAGUUUGAGGGUAUGUGAGGGUGGGGCUUGUGGGAUGGCGGUUUAUGAUCUUGAGGGUGCGAGGGAGUUGUUGGGGUGA